GACCGACUGCAGAGGCCGCGCCGCCUCCCCCGCCCGAGGUCCGCGCGCUCCGCCGCAGGGUGCAGACCCGGGGCGCCCGCCUGGGUUUGGGGCGCAAGAGCAGAGGCGGAGCCGGGGCGGAGCCAGCGCGCCCCGUCCCCCUCUUUCCAAUAAUCGAAAGCGAAACGGAGGGCCGGAAAGGAAGGGCGGAGCCGGCCCAGAGGCCCCGCCCCCUGCCUUGCGCGGCUGCUGGACCGACGGGCGCGCCCAGGUAGGGGGUCUCCGAGCGCGCAGUGCGGACCCUCGCGGGGACCUGCGCGCCGCCACCAUGUCUCAGGAAGGUGUGGAGCUGGAAAAGAGCGUUCGGCGCCUCCGGGAGAAGUUUCAUGGGAAGGUAUCCGCCAAGAAGGCGGGGACUCUGAUGAGGAAAUUUGACAGCGACCACACGGGAGUGGGGCGCUCCAUCGUGUACGGGGUGAAGCAGAAAGAUGGACAGGAACUGAGUAAUGACCUGGAUGCCCAGGACCCUCCGGAGGACAUGAAGCAAGACCGGGACAUUCAGGCGGUGGCAACCUCUCUGCUGCCACUGACGGAAGCCAAUCUACGCAUGUUCCAACGUGCCCAGGAAGACCUCAUCCCUGCUGUGGACCGGCAGUUUGCCUGCUCCUCCUGUGACCAUGUCUGGUGGCGCCGAGUGCCCCAGCGGAAGGAGGUGUCGCGAUGCAGGAAAUGCCGGAAACGCUACGAGCCUGUGCCAUGUGACAAGAUGUGGGGUGUGGCUGAGUUCCACUGCCCGAAAUGUCGGCACAACUUCCGGGGCUGGGCACAGAUGGGGUCCCCGUCCCCCUGCUACGGGUGCGGCUUCCCCGUAUAUCCGACACGGAUCCUCCCUCCGCGCUGGGACCGGGACAUGGAUCGCCGCAGCACCCACACCCACUCCUGCUCGGCUGAGGACUGCUACAAUCGGCGAGAGCCCCACGUGCCUGGGACGUCCUGUGCACACCCCAAGAGCCGGAAGCAGAACCACCUGCCCAAAGUCCUGCACCCCAGCAACCCCCACAUCAGCAGUGGCUCCACUGUGGCCACCUGCUUGAGCCAGGGGGGCCUCGUGGAAGACCUGGACAACCUCAUUCUGGAGGACCUGAAGGAGGAGGAGGAGGAAGAGGAGGAGGAGGGCGGGCAUGGGGAGUGACCCCAGCCAGGUGCAGAUGCAAACCAGACACGGUCUGUGGAUAUUUUGUGUUGUUAUAAAAUAUGAGCUCAAACCAAGAUCUAAGUACCCUUGAGGAGCCAUCGGGGUCUGAGAUAUUGGCAGGGGGAUUCCUGGGUCCUGUUUUCAGGGCCCUGGGGAACAGAUCUACAACAGGAAGAGGUCUGUGGGACAUGGUCCUCACUAAGCUACGAAGGAGAUGUGGCCAGGACAACUUUGGCUCUUGCUGACAAACAUCCCCUGGGACCUGGGGGACAAAUGGACAGACAGUCACAGCUUCAGGGGCCGGAUCAGCAUGGCAGCCUUCUUGAGCGAGUAAGCCCCACCACGAAACUCGGCCCAGUAGACGCCAUCCUGGUAGCGGCUACGGUAGUGGCCACCACGAUGCCACACACCAUUUAGGUUGGAGUGGGCACAGGCAUGGUACCACCAGCCUCCCCGCUGGUACAGGGCACAGUUACCUGAAGAGAGAAAGAGUUCAUGUCUUCUCACCAGAAUAAAAGCCUCUACAAGCACCUCACUAUUA